AUGUCUUUACGGGUGAGUGUAUAUCAGUCCGGUGCAACGUUUACUUAUCCGAAUCGUUCUCCCCUUCAUUAUUCCUUUGAUUUGAAAUCGCCAGUGAGUGACAAAAUUCCCCCAUUAGGUCUCACGAAGACGUACACUGCCGACGAGUUAAUUGGCUUCAUCGCGCUGCACACGUUUACUGUUUGUGUCUUAGUGAAAGAAGUGAAGAGUGUGACUGUCUGUAAUAAGUUAAUUCAUACCGUUGAGAAGAUAGAAGUCGUUCCUCUUCCGGAGUACGACAAGAAGAAGACUUCCGAGUGGAGUAAAAGUGAUUUAAAGCUCUUCUCCCGCAUUCAAAAGAUGUUUGACGACUUUGAAUUGUUUUACAGUCACGACGUUAACAUUACUUUAACACAGCAACGUCUUCAUAGAGACUCUUCUCUCGUAGAUAAUCGUUUCUUUUGGAACCAAAAUAUGGUACAAGGCCUUCCAAAUGAAUGGGUGACGAUCUUUGUCGAUGGUUUUGUUAAAUCGACGAUCUCCGGGAUCUCAAGUUACACUCUAAUUUCUCGACGAGACUGUUCGCGGACAGGUCUUCGCUUUUCAUCGCGUGGGGGGGAUAUUAAUGGCAAUGUCUCCAAUUUUGUCGAGACCGAGCAAAUAGUCUCCAACACAGAUUACCUCACGUCCUUCGUCCAAAUACGAGGAAACAUCCCACUCCUCUGGAAGACUAACGAAGAAGACACUUUUGCGCCAAAAGGCAAAUUCUAUCCAACGAUUUAUCAAGGAAUUUGUAUCACACGACACUUCGAUACCAUCGAAAAACUCUACGGCGACAUUCUUGCUAUUAAUCUGCUUGAUAAUAAAGGCGCAGAAAAGGAAUUGCAUGAUAUGUAUGGAUUCUACGUCCAAUUAAACUGUCGUGAAGUCAAGUAUUUCCCCUUUGACUUCCACAAGGAGUGCGCAAACUCAAAAUACGAGAACGUCGAGAGACUUAUUCAGAUCGUCUCUUCAGACCUGAUAAAUCAGCGCUGCUUUGUCAAGAACAAAAACAAUGAAGUUAUACAAACACAGAGCGGCGUCGUGCGGACAAAUUGUAUUGACUGUUUAGACCGGACUAAUGUCGUACAAUCGUCAAUUGGAAAAGCGAUGUUACAAGAGCAAAGUGCUUUAAUACGGAGUGGCGUCGGCUUUACUGACAACAUAAAAAAUCUUUGGGCAGAUCACGCAAAUUUGAUGAGUAAGAGAUAUACCGGAACGAACGCAAUGAAAACAGAUUACACGCGGAGCGGAAAGAGAGGAUUCAAAGGGAUGAUGUCUGACGGGAAAACUUCUCUGCAACGGACGAUGAUUUCUAUCCAAACAGACCAAUACCAAACUCCACAAGAAACUCUCGACUUGCUCCUUGGUAAAAUCGCUGUCGGCGAUUUGGAAGAUUGUAACUUGACGCUGUUGUGUAUAAGCAGCGCCUUCGUAAGCGACACUUCAACAAAAGCAGAGGAGCGAAAGGUCCACGUCCACGUCACUAAAAAGUCGAUGAAAAUGUAUUACGAGGACACCGGACUCAUUUGGGAGGUGAUGCUCGUCGACGUCGUUGCGUGCGAGACUACACACGACAUCGACAAAGUACUCAUUUACACUAAGAAGACGUCGUUGCCGAGAAAACUCAAAAUUAAUAACAGCGGGAAGAAACUCAAAUUAUUGAGUUUAUUGGAUUGCCACGCAAUCACAUCCCCAAGUCCACGGGUCAGAUCAUCGUCCCUUGGAAAAAUUAACGAGCAAAAAGAAUGGAAAGAAUUUAACGAGCUCAAUUUGGUGAUGAAAAUUAACGAGGACGUGAUGGAACAAGAUCUGAGUGGUGAUUGCAAACGACGGAACGAAAGAACAGAAGAGAACGAAAGUUUGAAGGAAAAAACGGAGCAAAGGAAAGAAAGAAAACCGUUGCCGACGAUUAAAGAGCUUACUCACUCGACUAAAAUCGUUGAGCCAAAGUUGGAAGUCGGGAUGAUCAACUGGAACAUGUUCUCGAUAUUUAAUGUGCCAGACGAACAGAUGAUCAAGAACUGCGUGAAAGGGAACAUGAAGGAUGUGGUUGUGGUUGCUGUGUACAAGUGCAUGUACGAAACAAAAGAGAAACAAUUUGAGAGCGUCUUCGACUUGUUUAAAAAGAUCUUCGUCGAGUUAAACAAGAGCGAGAAAUAUGUGCUUGUCGCGGUGCACAAAACUGAAGACGUCGGACAGUGCGUGUUGGUCAAGAAAUCGAAAUAUUGGAAAGUUCACAACGCGGAGGUCUCAAACGUUUAUUACGAGAAAAGUUUGCCGCAAAAAUUCUCAAAUUUGAAGGUCUGUGGUUCGGCCAUAUUUCUCAAACUCUGCGAAAUUUCCGUUGGGUUUCUUGUUAUCCCAAACUUUGUGAAAGAAAGGGACAAAGCACUUUAUGUUAAAGGGUUUGACCUAAGAACCGAGAUAAACCAAAUCUUUGUGAGCGUUUUUAGCUCAAAGGAAAGUGCAGCUUUAGAGAAAGAAGGAUCAAGUGAUGAUAUGUACGUCUUUUACCAAAAGCCCGACGCUUUGCUGGCUGAUAAAACAGACAAAAGCAGUGACUUUCGGCAGAUGAAAAAAACGGAAUCUCCGUUCAUCGAGAAGACAACAAGCACUAAAAAGAAAGAACUGCGUGUAAUCAACAACCAGAAGUUCUUGGGUCUUGAAAAGUGUGAGAAAAAGACGAAAGAGGUGAAAGAAAACGGCGCCAUUUUCCAGCGGAACAUCUUUUGGUUGAACGAAAAAGACAACACGAAUGGUAACUACAUCGCGUUGAGCGAAGGUCGCGAAGAUUGCUUGUUGGUCCACAUCAAAAACGUCUACUGCCUCUCCUCUUCCUUUUUUGUGAAGGAUGAGCAGAAAGUUGCAGAGCGUAGAAUCCGCGAUUUUAUUAUUGAAAAUAUUGAAGCGAUAUUUGAGACAAAGGUGUCGACAGAGAAAGGGAUACGGCUGAGUUUUGUGUCCGAUGUCUUGGAGCAAGUUUGUGAAACCAGUCUUACUCUCAACAAGAACAUUCGGUUCUUUUCGAAAAAUGUCAGAGUGAAUUACACUGAAGAGGAGAUUGAGAGGAAGUGGAUAAUCGCGAUUUUCAUGGAGAAGGAAAACGAGAUUGGAAAAGCGAUUGUCCCACUCAACUUCUUGAGGGAAAAUUCGAAAACGGAGGAGUGUAUCAUUUACAACGAUAAGCAGCGAGUUGGGACGUGCUCGAUGACCUUCACUGAUGCUGCUUACAUCAACAGAAUGAAUGAGUUUUCUGGUAUUCCAGACAUUUUGUGA